AUGGCAGCUUCCAUGCAAGCUUUGCGGCGAAGACGUCAGCCACAAGAAAACAUCGAUAAAUCUAAUUAUGCAUCAAGGCAUUUGACUGAAGAAAGUUUUGCUUCGCCCUUUGGAUAUUAUGAAUCUUUCUUUGUUUGGUUAUUGAUAUUCGGUUUAUACUUGGGUGUGUUAUUUACUAUAGGUUCGAGGUUCCAUCUGUUCCCUAAGCCCCGUACUGCAGACAACAGACCAGUUGGAGGAGUGUUUUAUGAAAGUUUAGCACGCCGACACCUAGAAACUGUAACAAGUUUUGGACAACGACCAGCCGGUAGUGAAGCGAACGAAUUACACGCCAAGAACUACAUUGCCAAAGAAUUGCUGACGUUUAAAGAACAUUUGCACGAAUCCAAGGAGAUGUUGAUAGAUGUGCAGAAUACGAGUGGAUCUUUUCAUUUGUACUUUAUUCACACAGACUUUUAUAGUGUGUACAAGAACCUGAAGAAUGUUGUGGUGAAGCUAGGGCCAGCUUCAGGAGCUACACACAGUGUUUUGAUGAACUGUCAUUAUGAUACAAUGAUUGAUGCCAUAGGUGCAGGCGAUGAUAUGUCAAGCUGUGCUGUCAUGCUUGAGAUUGCACGUUCACUAUCCCAGUCCAACAAGCCACUGAUGCAUAACAUUAUAUUCUUAUUCAAUGGCGCAGAGGAAAACCUUUUACAGGGUAGCCAUGGAUUUAUAACACAACACCCAUGGGCCAAGAGUAUCAAAGCUUUUAUUAACUUGGACUCAGCUGGAGCUGGUGGAUGGGAAAUAGUCUUCCAAACAGGUCCACAACACCCGUGGUUAGUGAAAGUUUAUAUAGAAUCAGCGGUGUACCCGAGUGCUUCUGUCAUCAACCAGGAAAUUUUUGAGCUUGGUCUUGUCCCUGCUGACACCGACUAUCGCAUCUUCAGAGACUAUGGCAAAAUUCCCGGUUUGGAUAUUGCCUAUAUUUCUAAUGGCUACGUAUACCACACUGUGAAUGAUGUCCCAGCAACAAUACCCCCUGGAUGUUUACAGAGGGCAGGUGAGAACCUGUUGAGUAUUGUUCAAGCUCUUGCCACAAAUCCUAAGCUUGCUGAUCCUGGUGAUGAUCGCCAUGGCUCCAUGGUGUUUUAUGAUGUGGUAGGACUUGUAGUAGUUCGCUAUCCCAAACGUAUUGGUUCUAUCCUCAACUGUAUUGUAUCCUGCUGCGCCUUUAUUUUACUGUGGAAGAAGGCUGGCCGGGUCAGCACAGGAAUGCAGAAUACAAAAGUGGAAAAUGGUUUUAUAGAAAAUGAUGCACAUUAUAGGAAGGCUAACAGGACAGCAGAAGCAUCACAAGCUCCUGUGAUGACUGCUAUGAGUGGUUAUGCACAUUUGAAGAACAUGCUUGCUGCAUGUGUGGCGACCACAGCUACAUGGAUUGUAUGUAUACUGGUGGUUUCGGUUGGUGUGGCCCUGCCCCUCAGCCUUUGUGGCCGGUCCUUGUUCUGGUACACCAACACCUACACCAUAUGGCCUCUGUUUGUUCUGCCUGGCUCUAUCAGCAUCAUCAGCAUGCAGCAAUUCCUCAAACCCAGGCUUUUUAAGGGUUUGCAUCCAGUUUAUGUGGAGCAAAUCUUCUUUGACACCGUUCUGUGUGAGCUGGCAGUAGCCAAUCUAAUCCUGACAUACCUUGGUCUUGGCAUGUCAUACCUGGUGAUGCUGUGGGUGUUGCUUCCCCUAGUGUUCCGUGAGUGUGUCACACAGGUGGCCAUUAUACACUGGCAAGAUAACAAAAAAUUGAUGUUGAUGUUACACCUGGGUGGUAUACUGGUGCCACUACUGUCAUCUUUGUAUAUCAUCUAUAUGUUUCUUCUUAUCAUCAUUCCCACCAUGGGCCGCGUGGGCACCACAGUACACCCAGACCUUGCUUUGGCAUCAUUAGUCACUUUGUUUGUUCUGUCCUGCUGUCAGUACCUGUUUGGCCUGGUUUACCUUUGUGACAUGCGACCCGUUACGAGGACUCUGGCUGCUGUAUUUAUUAUAGGUUUACUAGCUGUUCUAUUUACACCUUUAGGAUUUCCCUUUAGUGGUGACAAGGACUCUCCAACCCCUCAAAGGUUUUCGCAUGUGCACAUCAACAGAGAAAACUACAAUCUUAAAGGAGAUAUGGUCCAUUCUGACAGUGGUUUGUGGUACUUACCACAAGACUACCUCAAGGACCAGCUACAUAAGGAUCACUUUUCUGUUUACAAGACAGCCACAACAGAACUGAGAGGGGCUGGACCAUACUACGGUCUACCUUACUUUAUACCUAUAUUACAUUUACUCAAUCCAAGGGAUAGUAAAUACAUGCCGACCCCAGCUAUCAGCCCAGAGCCAAAGGUAGAACCCUCUCUGAUCAGUCGACACUCUGUAUCUCCUGAUGUUCUCCGUCUUACUUUUCAAGUCAAAGGUCCUGACCACAUGACGGUAUAUAUCAGCCCCCAGCCUGCUAUGACCCUGGUAGGCUGGUCCAUACUACCAGGUACACCAUUGCCUGUCUAUACAUUCCCAGACAUGAAUGAGACCUCCUACUUCAUCUACUAUGGCCAUGGUGAGACCCCACAGGAACCAUGGCAAUUUCAUUUUGAUAUACAGGCUACAACUGGACACUGGCCAGGGGAUCAACACAUUGUAGACAUAGCCUUCAGUGGAUACUACGUCCAUGGUAAGCAUAAGUCAACCCCAGAGCUGGACGAGCUCCACCAAAACCUCUUACCCUGGAUGGUACCAAUAUCAUUCUCAGCAACAUAUGCAAGUUACCAGUUUUAA